UACAGGGUUUUGUCUAUGUUCAUAAAAAAUCCAGUCAAACAGGAUAGCAGUGUGCAUUAAAUUAAUUUAUUUUUAGCGUUGUAGUUUGUUAAGUUUAUUUUAAGAUACGUAAAUCGUUUUACUAUGUAAUGCAAGUUAUAUAGUUUAGUGUGAAAAUCUAAACAUGGCUCGGCAUUUUGCGAUUAUGGAUAUUUUGGUGACUUUGUCAGCGGUGGUGUUUUUGUUGGGUGUAUGUGGUGUUAAUGGGGACUAUUCGGUGAGGUGCAGCAACGUUACCAAUGCCAAACCGACGCUGCAGCCAUCUAAAGAUGGUGUGAAGGCGCGCUACAUCUUGGAGUGGUGUACAGACGCCAACGCGAACGAUACCGUGUGGAAAUAUGAGCUUACCUACCCCGAGCCUAAGAACAGAUUUUCUAUACACACGAGCUGUUCUGAGUUGCUGAACUGGACAGAGCCCCUACCCUGCAGUUCUGUAUGUCUAUCAACAGUCCUGGACUUGGUAUUCAAAGCGAACUACUCUCUCAAGAGCUGGUUCCCUGGCCGCGGGUCCUUCGGCGCGUACUCGCGGUUCAACAUUGUUAAUGAUUAUCGCAGAGAAGACUUCUCCAACACAAAUAUCAAAGGAAGUGAUAUCAAUCAUGGGGACUACACAUCUGUAUAUUUCUACACUGAAAACAUCCCUGCUACAAAAUACAUACUAACGCUGUGCCAAGGCUUCGAUAAAGAUCAUGGGCUUGAGGAGAGGCAGUGCCGCGUGGUGACAGACAAGUGCGGCACGCCGCACUCGCUGUACGAGGUGGAGUGCCGGCUGCGGCUGCGCGCGGGAAACUACACCGUCGGCCUGGAGUUCGACACCGCGUGGGCGCGCGGCAGCUUCGUGCACAAGUGGUACCACACCAGGAACAUAUCGGUGGUUAACCUGUCAGCGGCCACGGUUUCCAACGGCGACGGCGCGGGCGCGCGCACAGCGCUAGUCUGGGCGUGCGCAGGUGGUGCCGCACUGUGCGUCGGCGCCGGUCUGCUGCUGUUGGCGUUGCGGUGUCGCCGCGCCAGGCACUUCCGCAAGCACGUGCUGCGCGAGUGGCUGCACAGGGAGGAGACCAAGCAAGCGGCGCCUGAGACGGCCGCUCCAGGCCCGAUCCUUUUGCUGUAUGCGCGGGAGUGCGCGGCCGCCGAGCCCGUCGUCGCCGCUCUGAGUGCGCUGCUCGAGACCGUCGCCCCGGGACAGGUGUACGACAUAUGCAGCGCUGAGACACUGGCACUAGCGGCGAGCGGCGGUCCCCACUGGCUGAGAGGCGUUAUGGCGCAACCUACUGCAAGAGUAGUACUGCUGCAGACGCCGGCAUUGCAAGCGCUGCAUACUCCGCGCAUUGUCAUGGAGUCAGGAGUGCCUAAGUUGGAGCAGCCUCUCCUAUCGAGCCGCGCCGUAUACCGCGAGCCGGCGGCGGGCGACUGGCUGCUUCAGUUCGCGCUGCGAGCAUUGGCAGAGACUACCACACCUGGAACUGUGCCCUACAAGAAGUACUAUCUGGCCACCCUGGAAGGCCUGGAGACCGAAGCCCUGCCCUACACGGUGCCCUUCCGUCGCUACGUGCUCCCGCGCCACGCUGCGACCUUACUCCACGACCUACUUCCGUCCCAAGAGCCUGCGCACACGCCGCAUAUGGUGGACUCACUAGCGCGGGCUACGAUAGACUUCGUGGACUACGCGCGGGCGCACCCGGACUAUCUUAUGGAGGAGCUGCUCAUCUUAUAACAAUUUUGGAGGGCCUCGCGAGACCGUCCAUUUCCACCGCUACGUAUUAUGAGCUCCUCCCAUCCCAAGAGCCUGCGCACACGCCGCACUUGGACUCGCUACGGUAGACUUCGUGGACUAUGCGCACGCACAGGGAUUGCCUCAUGCAGGAGCUGGUCAUCUUAUAGCGACGUGAGUGCGGUUGGAUCCUACCUAGUCAUGCGGCGGCAUGUCACGUGUAUUCUAGUUGUUCCCUACCAUUUGUCCCCCUUUGGUGGACACCGGGAAUUUUUUUCUUUGAUGUAUGCCAGUGGGGGACAAAUUCUGGGGAACAACGGGAAUACGCUGCAUGUCAUGCUAAUCAUUAAAGUACAAGUUUGUAGUCGACUCCAUGCAACAGCAGCAGACGAUGUAUCACCAGCCCCCCUAGACAAGUUGCACUUUUCGAUCGAAUUGAAUCCGUCAAAACUCCAUAAAAAAGGCCUUUCGACCAUUUUUCGACUGGUUUGCGAUUUUAUUGUGCACUAGGCUGUGUCUUAUUAGGUCGCAUUGGUUUCUACGUAUCUCUAUGAAAAACCUUCAGACGACAUGUCGCUAAUUAAGUAAUGGUAUUUCAAAGAGAUGCAUGAAAACCAAUACCUGAAACACGAAUAAAUAUCGUUCUCGUUAUGUUAAGGUAAUCAUUUUUAUAUGAAUAGCAAAACAACUUCGCUACGGUUUUAUUAAAAACACAAUUACGAGAGUUAUUCGUACUCAGAGUACAAGUAAAGCAACACGUCUACUGCUGCUGCGUGGAAUCGGCUACGAAGUCAUACCUUAAUAAAUAGCAAAUCUGACUCGCUGUGCCUAGUUCGGAUGUAUUGGUUGAUUACGUGGAGGGUGCAGUGUGGCCAGUGCUAAUUCUAGAGACGAAUGUUAACUUGUUUCCGUGUAACAUACCCUAUAUUUAGGCUGAGUUGCACCACCUUAUUUUAACCUUAACAAUCACAAUAAUCGGUGCUUUUUGUAUGGAGUUUGACAGAUUUUUGACGUUUGUCAAAGUUAAAGUAAAAAUAAUGCAAUUCAGCCUUAGAAUAUACUACGGAAAUGACGCUAGAACAUACUUACUCUUACUGGGGUAGACAGAUCUCACAGAUAGUGUAUCAUUUAGUUAUCAUGUAGUAGUAUUUCACUACUAUAGUCUGGUCUGUGAACACGUAGUAUUUUGUCCAAUGACCCCAAGCUACCCAUCCUUAUCGCUCGCGCGUAAUUAUGUUGCUGUCGCGCUCGCACACUCACUGCGGGCGCCCGUCGCACAGUCGCGACAGCAAUAUAAUUACGCGCGAGCGACAAGGAUGGGUAGCUUGGGGUCAUUGGACGAAAUUCUACGUGCUCACAGAAUGGGCUUUAUCAGCACUGGCCACUGCAUUAGAAACAAAUAAUAUACGUAUUGAGAUUAAUACGUAACGAGCGCAAACUGUGCGACAUUUGUAUGUAAGGUGUAUUCAGAUAGCUAUAAAAGUAAAACGUGCCCAAACUGCGAGAUUUGAAGGAGUCUCAUACAAAUAUUGCACGUCAAGUAGCUAUGUGAAUAAACCUCACCGUAGUGUGGUGAAGGAAUUUGUUCUAUGUUGAAAAUCUCUAAAAUAUGAGAUAACUGGUAUAGUUAGAUAGUAGAUUAAAUAAGUGGCUUCAAAUGAGUUCAAAAUUAACGAAAUUGUAACGUGAACUGCGACCGAUUUGAAGCCAUUUAUAAGUAGUGUAGUUAGUAUAAAUAAUAUUAAGUUGAUUUGUAUUGGUGAUAAUGAUAGAUCAAUGAUGGUGAUUCGCAUGUAAUCAAUUUAUGUAAAUCAAUGUAUCUCAUUUUCUCCUUAGUGAAAUAUGGCUUUCGGUCUCCUAUUAAACGCUAUACAAUACCCGGCGAUAAAUAUUGCACAUCGACCUUUAGAAAGAGACAAUCGGCUAAUUUCGGUUUCGUAGAGCGUUAUCACUGUCGCACUUGAACAAUGACUGACUUAAACAAACUUUAUUUUAAAUGUGUGCAAUUGAUUUUGUGAAUUAAAUUGCUAAAAACUUUUGAUAGUCGUGAAAGAAAAGUGGUUUACAGUAUGUUAAAGUAUUUGUCGAAGAGAAAUACUAAGAGUUCGGACAAUAUUUUCAUUGAAUAAUGUUUUGUCAAUGACGUUUUGUCAAUCGUAUAGGUAGUGUGCGACAGAGAUAACGGUCGACGAGCCGAAAUUAACCGAUUCUCUUUCCAAAGGUCGAUGUGCAAUAUUUAUUGCCGGGUACUGUACGCGGCGUACGACGUCAACGUCAAACGUUCCUACCGACGUCAAAGUCUGAAAAGAAACCGCAACAGUUCAUGUCAUGAUGUGACGCUGUACGCAGCCUACUGUGUUUAUAGGAGACCACAGACUAUUGUAGCACAUAGCCUCAAUUAUAAUGGUUGAAUAUUGUAGUAUGCCACUUUUUUCUAAAGUCUCAUUUCGUUCACUAAGGAGAAAAGGGGAGGACUGUGGUUGACAUUUUAGAAUUAUUUACGAUCAAGAAUAUUGGUUGAGUUUUAAUGUGUAAUCACGGGCCAAAAUUUAUACCUUGUCCGUUCAGAAUGUGAGCCUAUUUGUGAAUGGUUUAAAAAAAAUCAAUCGAUUGGCGAACGACACACAUAAAUAACGACGAUAUGUACCGCCGGGUUCUGAAAGUAUUUUUUACAAAAUCACGUAAUGAUACUCCAUUAAUACGUAUCUUUCAUUUUUUAUAUGACUGAUGGCAUUUAUACAUCAAAAUACGAAAUACGUAACGCAUUUGUGUUCUCGUUUAGUGUUUAAUGGGAACCCUAACUGUUAAAAAUCUAACCAAGGGGGUUAAAUUAAUCCCCAAUAUAGUCAACUCAUUAGUAAUUCUAUUGCAAAACAGAAAACAGUAUAAACAAUAUUAAACAAAAAGUUAUUCCUCUAUACCUGGACUCCCGGCGACCCAAUGAUGCAUCAGAGAAAAUGUUUUGUACAUAAUCUUGUUUUACUAACUGAUACCUCAUAGGUUAUUUUAUUUACCAUCCUCUUUUUAAUAAGGUAACAAAAUACGUAAACAUUGCAUUUACAAUAUUACGUCCAACUACAUUUUACCUAUCUAUGCGUAUUCGAGCCCCCUUAAACAAAACAAUAAAGGACCAAAUAAUAAGAGUUACGCCUCUUUUUAAUAUAGCAAGUCUUGUUAAAUAGUGACAAAAUAUUCAUCGGUUAUAACACAACAACGAUAUUAAUGCCCUUGAGUAAAUAAAUGAUUUGAUUUGUUUUCAAUUUUAAGUUAUAAGGGGGUAAAUGUUCGUUCCUUCGUUUUAUGCGAGGCAGCUUCUUCUUAGUUCUUAAAUACGUAACCAUACGUAACACACAUAAAUUACAAUCGAUCUAGAUUUAAUGUUAGUGCCUAGUCGAUAAGAUGGCGAGAGUUUGUGUCAAACUAGCAAUAAGGACCCUCCGUGUUGUUACCUGAUUUGUUGAGACGAAUAAAUGUUUAUUGUAAAUAAAGUAGCAGUAAGUGAAACAUUAAGUUGUGUAAAUAUGCCUUACAAAUUAUGAGCACCGUUCUUAUACAGGGUGUUAGGUAAAUGGGUAUAUGAGCCGACACUAGCCCAUGUUAACAUGGGCAUAUAAAUGGUAUGGUGAAGUCAGAAAUUUGAUAUCAUCAUUUUUUUUUUUUUUAAUUUUCAUACAAAAUAAAUUUUAUAAAAUCCGAUUUGUAUGAAAAAUAAAAUAAUUAAAAUGAAGAUAUCAAUUUUCUGACUUCACCAUACCAUUUAUAUGACCGUGUUAACAUGGGCUAGUGUCGGCUCAUAUACCCAUUUACCUAACACCCUGUAUAAGUACCUAGACACGUUCAAUAUGUUAACAUCAGUUUUCUAAUUAAUUAAAACUAUCUUUUCUAAAAAAACCCUAUUGCAAAUAAAAUGAACCCAGUGAAUUUAGUUUUAAGUUUAAAAACACAACAUUUGAUAAGUAAAAAGCGUUGGUAUUGAGGCUACAAAUCCGUCAUAAUACGAUAAAAUAGGUGUUGUUAAUAAAAUUAUGCUUUGACUUUGAAACCUACAUGUUAUUAUGAAUCUUAAUGGGUGUUAAUAUUCUUAAGUUUAUUACUUUAUCAGUAAAUGUUUUAAUUUGCCGUCGGGCACUAGGGAAGUCAUCUUUUGCGAUGCCGAAAAAUAUUUUAGGAUUUUAUUAAUAUUUUAAAUAAGUAAUCGAUCAACGUGGAAAGCAUUAGGGGAGGCCUAUGUUCAGCAGUGGACGUCCUAUGGCUGAAAUGAUGAUGAUAAUGAAAUAAGCAAAAAACGAGUCCGAUAAAGUUAUUAUUACUAAUGAUACUUAAUAUCAUGUGAACGAACAAAAAAUAAGAAGAAGUUAAAUGUUUAAAUAAAUUCCUUUAUAAUUCCUUUAAAGUUUACUAAAUACAUUCUCAAGAUUUAGUGUAAUAGGUUAAAAAGGUUGUUUGCAUAUAAUAAUAUUCAUAGUUUCUCUAUGCUGAAUCAAUAAUGACAUAUCCCAAAUUGUGUACUUACACUGUUUUUAGUUUAUGAUGGUCUCGUACGAUUAUUGUCAUUAUCAAGACAUGCGUGUUUUAAAAAUAAUGCCUAAACGUUAUCUAAUGCAACAGAUAACCAUAAUCUCAUGUUAGGAAGCACGUGUUGUGUAUUUAUAUCAGUCCCUAAAAGUUUAUUUAUAAAUAAUGUCUUAGUAAGUAGUGUAUACGGUACGACAGUGUGAUAAUUUAGGCCUAGUAGUCAAAAUUAUGGUCGCGUAUACAAAAUAGCUGUAAAUAAAACGCCUCUUUUAAGUGUUUUGUUUGUAAAUAAAUAUGUAAAAAGUUUGUAACUCGAUGUUAAGUUUUCGUUAAAAAUACAUCAAUGAAGAAAUAUAAAAUCA